ACUGGACACACGGACAAGUUCUUUGACCACGGCUUCCAUUAACCUUUGGUUUUGGAGCGAUUAGUUUUGGUGGCUGGGCUUGUAUUUUUUGUUUCUCUCUUUUUCCCUUUGCUUGGAGGCCAUUUUGUUUUGCAGAGGCAUCGGUGGUUGCGGCUGCCUGGCAGGGAAAUGUGGGAAAGCUCGAGCUCUCCGGUGGUGGGUUUUGUGGAUCUCACUUAGAUCUGCGGGAGCUCCACCCAGAGAUUGCCGAGCUAUGGCGGAGUUUGGCGGACAAAGCUCGAGCUAUGCUCAAAGUUUGUGUGAUGGAUCAAUGUAGCUCGGGGUGAAGGCUGGUUGAGGAGAUGAGCCAUGGAAAGUCCUCAAAAGUGUAGCUCCUUCAAGAACUUGGUCGGGACCAUCGAAUCACUGCUGGGAUCCAAGAGCGAUCUUACAGUCACUUGGGCUCAGUCCGUCAAGCUUAUCAUCGAGGAUUUGUCCAACAGCUGCCCUUCAACUCCUUGUACACCAUCUUUUCCAGAAGGGGCCAUCUACAACAACACCGAAAAAUCAAGCCUCCAAGGAGAGCUCAUACUUCUAAAGGCUGCCUAUGCCUUGUCGAAUGUUAACAGGAAGCUCGCUUUAAACAAGCUCCUCGAUCUCAAAGGGAACAUACGAGUUUUUUGUAGAGUUCGGCCUCUCCUUUCCUCCGAGCAACAGGGAAGAGUCGGCAUUGUAGCCACGGAUGUUCCAAAUCAAGUCCAAGUAUCCUCCUCUGGUGGCAAAGCCAGGAACUAUCUAUUUGAUAAGGUUUUCCACGCGGCAUCCUUACAAGAUGAUGUUUUCUCAGAAGUGGAGCCAAUUAUCAGGUCCGCCAUGGAUGGAAGUAACGUUUGUAUCUUUGCCUAUGGACAAACCGGCACUGGAAAGACGUUCACAAUGGAAGGUAGUCAGGAUUGUCCAGGAAUAGUUCCUCGCACUUUGCAGCAGCUCUUCUUCGACGCUUCGCUCGACACAACUGUCGAGUACUCAUUCAAGCUGAGCAUGCUCGAAGUGUACCGUGGGUGUUUGCGCGACUUAUUGGCUCCUCGGCAAAAGCAGCAGUCGAGCAGCAAGAGGAGAAAUCCUUGUUCGUUAUCUCUUGAAACACGUGAUUUUUUCUUCUCCAGCCUUUGCAUCCAGAUGGCUGGAUCUGGUAGCACAGAGAUAGAAAACUUGACAGAGAUUCCGAUUAAAAGCGCGAGCCAGGCGAGAUAUCUAUAUCGCAAGGGGGUCCGUUCGAGGUCUACGUGUUGGACGACUGCAAACGAGACAUCGAGUAGAUCACACUGCUUGGUUCGAAUCAACAUCACUUGCAACUAUGGAAAGCAGAGCCACGCAAGCAAACUUUGGCUGGUGGAUUUGGGAGGGAGCGAGAGGUUCUUUAAGACGCAAGCGCAGGGACAAACUCUGGAAGAAGGCAAAGCCAUCAAUGCAUCCUUGUCCGCAUUGGGGGAUGUUAUCAGUGCUCUACAACGAAAGCAACCACACAUACCUUACAGGAAUAGCAAGCUGACACAGAUUCUUCGCGAUUGUUUAGGGAAGGAUUCGAAAGCUUUGAUGCUUGUUCACGUUAGUCCAAAGGAGGAAGACCUUGGAGAGACGACGUGCUCGCUAGGAUUUGCUUCCAGGGCCAGGGCGAUUCAUCUUGGAAGAGAUAUAUCUCCUAGCGCAAGGGACGAGAGAACAGCUACCAUGGCCAACGUUUUGGCGAAGAUGAAGCUCUACGAGACCGAGUGCCAGAAGCUCAACGAGAACAUCCAAAUGGUGGAGUCUCUCAUCCGCCGCGGCAUUGAAAACCAAGACUUGGACGAGCUGCAAGCCAAGUUACUCUCGGCGAGCGCAAAGAAGGAGCUCACCACCACCACCGCCGGACGUUCUUCAUCCUCUUCAUCGUCGUCCUCCUCCAUUCCCAGAUUCAUGACACCCACAGUGAGCAGCCAGCGCAAGAAACGCAGCAGCACGAUCCACCUCGAGAGCGUGGUCUCGGUGAUGAUGGAGACGACCACCGAGAAGAGAGUGGUGAGAUCCGGGACGCCGGAGUCUCGCCAGGUGCGAAGAACUCUCAACUUCCAAGUCCAUCGCCAAGAGGUUGUCCGCCAUCACCAAGUUGACGAUCCUCCGCCACCUAGAGUUCACGAAGUUGGAGCUCAAGAGGACGAGCUGCUGGUUGAUCGCAAAGCUACCGCUGCUACCGCUGCUACUGCUGCUACUGCGAGGAAUGGUUUCACGACGGAGAAUUCAGCUCCAUCGCCAUCGCCUCCACUCCCGGUGGCUGUGGCGGCAAAGUCCGAGAGAAGAUUGAUGAGGACGAGCGCCACCUCCACUCAAGCUGGCAAGGAGCGGGGUGGAAGAUGUGGGUGGGAGUACUUAGGCAAGAAGAGCUCCAAGUACCGGAGGAGAUGGACGCUCGAGUGCUCAAGCAGGAUUUCUAUCACCGAGAGGUUGUGACGAGAGAUCCUACCUUUUGUAAACUAACUUGCUAGCUUGAGGGUGAUGAUCUCCAAAACAUAGAAGAA